CUGUGCCAGACACCCACACGCACUGCCGUCCGCCCGCUCCAGCCACACGCACCGCGGCCCCCGGGACAUUGACCUCGCCCGCCGUGCCAUGGCCCACUGACCGUGCAACGCGCAAUCGUCACCUCCCUACUUGCUACGCCCGCCGCGUCUUCGCCUCACUUCCCGCCCCACGAGCACCACCACCAGCAGCACCCGCAGCACCCGCUGCCCGCCCUCUCUGACCCCGUGCGACGACGGCUAUGACGCAGCUCUUCAGCUCGUCCGCAUCCAGCCAUUCCACCAUGACGGAGAAACGCACCUUCUCGGGCAAGGCCCUGUCCACCAACAAGUCGGUCAACGGAAAGGACGGCCAGGUCUCGCAACGCAUCAAGAACUUCUUCCGCAUCAACAGCAACAACGACGCCCACAAGCUUGCCGACGACGCCUCGUCCCACACCAAGAACGAAAAGUCGGGCUUCCGCCAGUCGCGCUUCAUCCCGCACAUCACCCGCAACCGCUCGCAGACGGUCGCCAGCGAAGGCAACCCAUUGGACGACACGGUUUCGCCCACGGCCCACGCCAACCCCUACUUUGCCCACCAGGGCCCGCCCGCCCUGCGCCAUCACAAUGAGGGCAGCGUGCCCCCGUCUCCUCCAGACACGCCCGCCAUGCCCAAGACGCAGGUCAACGGCACCGACACCACCGACGACCACGCCACGAAUGCCGGCAAGGAGGAAUUGGCAAGGAAACUGCGCAGGGUUGCUUCUGCGCCAAACGCCCAGGGCUUGUUCGCCUCGGGCAAGUCCAACGAGCGACCCCAGACGGCAGAGCUGGGCAAGCAGCCCGUUUUGCACCACCCCAAUUCGUCGACGCUGAGCAUGGUGGAGACGCAUUCGCAGGACUCGACCCAUCUCAUGCCCAUUGAGCCUGGCAAGCCCAUACCCUCUGCCGGCCAGAUUCGACAGUCUGUAGCUUUCAGGAGGACCUACAGCUCCAACUCGAUCAAGGUCCGCAACGUCGAGGUCGGCCCGGCCAGCUUCGACAAGAUCAAGCUGAUUGGCAAGGGUGACGUCGGAAAGGUCUACUUGGUCCGGGAAAAGAAGUCUAGCAGGCUUUACGCCAUGAAAGUGCUGAGCAAAAAGGAGAUGAUCAAGCGAAACAAGAUCAAGCGUGCCUUGGCCGAGCAGGAAAUCCUAGCCACCAGCAACCACCCCUUUAUUGUUACUCUAUACCACUCCUUCCAGUCGGAAGACCACCUCUACCUCUGCAUGGAAUACUGCAGUGGAGGCGAGUUCUUCCGCGCUCUGCAGACGCGACCAAACAAGUGUGUCGACGAGGAUGCCGCGCGAUUUUACGCUGCCGAGGUUACAGCAGCUCUGGAGUAUCUGCAUUUGAUGGGCUUCAUCUACCGAGACUUGAAGCCAGAGAACAUUCUCCUACAUCAAUCCGGCCACAUCAUGUUGUCAGACUUUGAUUUGUCCAAACAAUCCGACACGGGCGGUCGCCCAACCAUGAUCCUCAGCGGCCGAAGCGGUACUUCUUCCACGAACCUGCCAACCAUCGAUACCAAGUCAUGCAUAAACAACUUCCGAACCAACUCAUUUGUCGGUACCGAAGAGUACAUUGCGCCAGAAGUCAUCAAGGGCUGCGGACAUACCAGUGCGGUCGAUUGGUGGACCCUGGGCAUAUUGAUUUACGAAAUGCUGUACGGAACCACGCCCUUCAAGGGCAAGAACCGUAAUGCCACUUUUGCCAACAUUCUCCGAGACGAGGUGCCGUUCCCAGAGGGCUCUGGGGCACCUCAAGUGUCAAAUCUUUGCAAGUCAAUCAUACGUAAGCUGCUCAUCAAGGACGAGACGCGCCGGCUUGGCUCACGCGCCGGUGCCUCUGAUAUCAAGAAUGCGCCAUUUUUCAAGACCACACAAUGGGCGUUACUGCGCCACAUGAAGCCACCGAUUAUUCCCCACCAGGGCCAGGGUAUUGAAACACCAAACUUCCGAAAUGUCAAGGAGUCGCAGAGUGUUGAUAUUGGCGGGUCGAAAUCCAAGGGCGUUCCGCUAGACUCGAAUCUCGCUACACCCAUGGGCGAAGUGGCAGACCCAUUCGAGGAGUUUAACAGUGUCACUCUUCACCAUGAUGGCGACGACCACCAUCAUGACAGCAGCGACAUUGACCUCUCGCAUACCUCGCAUCGAUAGGAUGAAGCGUGAUUCCCAUACCACGGGGCGUCUUUCUUCACCCAGGCCAUUCGUAUACGAUACUCUUCUCGACUCUACUCAUUUGCUUUCACCGCAUCAUAGACAAAUGAGUCUCUCUCAUGUCAGCGGCGUUCCACGGGCAUCAACUUUGUUUCUUUCACAUGGGCAUUUUUCUUUCAUACUUUCAAUUCAGCAUCUUCAGAGCCACAAAAUUUUUUUUGGCGUUGUUUGUAAUUUGUUCUGGAGGCAUGGACUGUAGAGGAGUAUGCAGCACAAGGGCCGAGGCAAGCUCCAGUAGCAGCAGUCUGUAGGAUGACGCUGAUGAGAGGGUUUUGAUUUUAGGGAGAAAAGGGGGUGGGGGAGCAAAACAAU